UCGCUGGAAAUGACAAACGAGAUUGAGGCAGUAGGACCAUUGAACAUGUUAAAUAAUGAACUAGCCUACACUAUCCGUCUGAAUUUGCGAUUUUCUUAAACUAGAAUCGCUGGCCUCCAUACAGUAGGCUACAUCAGCUAUCUCAUGGACGUCUACGUAAUACUACGGUUUAUUUCCUAAUUGAGGAGGACUGACGACAAAUAGUCCUAAUGUGUACUGCAAAUCGCUUGACCUCUUCGCAACCAUAGCCUACUUUUUUGGUUGAAAGAGGACUAGGCUUGCCGCGCAUGUGGCUCUGUUCAUAAGGGGAAGUACUAUUUCUUCGUGGCGAAAAAAUCCCCUCAUUUCACCUAAGUAUAUCAGCCUCUUUAUAUUUCCCUAAUGAAAAAUAAUCUUUGGAGCAGCUCCCGGGACGUGCCUAUUAUGAUGUCGAGCAAAAGUGUGGAAUGGCUGCAAGAUGAACUGGAAUCCGGAGUGAGCUCGUUGCUCCUGUUGGAUUGCCGAUCGCACGAGCUCUUCGAAUCAUCACACAUCGAAUCUGCAAUAAAUUUAGCGAUUCCGGGUCUUAUGCUCCGGAGGCUGAAAAAGGGAAAUUUACCCAUCCGAUCCAUCAUCCCCAACAACGAGGAUAAAGAGAAGUUUGUCAAACGCUGCAAGACGGAUACGGUGGUGUUAUAUGAUGAGGCCACUUCGGAUUGGCAAGAGAACGGAGCAGCGACCUCGGUUUUGGGACUUCUCCUGCAGAAACUGCGAGAUGACGGGUGCAAGGCUUACUAUCUUGAGGGGGGAUUCAAUAAGUUUCAGACCGAAUACCCUGAACACUGCGAGACUAACCUAGACUGCUCCUGCCCCAGUAGUUCACCCCCUGCCUCUGUGCUUGGCCUGGGGGGCUUGAGAAUCAGCUCUGAUUGCUCUGAUGGGGAGUCUGACCGUGAACCUGGCAGUGCCACAGAAUCUGAAGGUAGCCCUUUACCCAACAACCAACCAGCCUUUCCAGUCCAGAUCCUCCCAUACCUUUACCUAGGCUGUGCCAAGGACUCCACAAAUUUGGACGUGCUGGGCAAGUACAACAUUAAGUACAUCCUGAACGUAACGCCCAACCUGCCCAACAUGUUUGAACACGAUGGAGAAUUCAAGUACAAACAAAUCCCCAUUUCGGAUCAUUGGAGCCAAAACCUGUCACAGUUUUUCCCUGAAGCUAUUUCUUUUAUUGAUGAAGCUCGUUCCAAAAAGUGUGGCAUCCUGGUGCACUGCCUGGCAGGUAUUAGCCGAUCAGUGACGGUCACUGUGGCCUACCUGAUGCAGAAGCUCAACUUGUCACUCAAUGACGCCUAUGACUUUGUCAAGCGCAAAAAGUCCAAUAUCUCACCAAACUUCAACUUCAUGGGGCAGCUCCUUGACUUUGAGAGGACACUGGGUCUCAACAGCCCUUGUGACAACCGCUCCCCCAAUGACCAGCUCUUCUUCACCACACCCACUAAUCACAACGUGUUCCAGCUUGACACUCUGGAGUCCACAUGAGAUGCCCUGUCAAGGGUCACCAGAAGAGAGAAGACGAUGACGUGGCGAGGUGGCAUCAGCAGCCACUCAUAUGAAUGUUUAUUCUUUCCCAUUACCCGCAUGGGAAGCGUUUUGAGCUAACAGCUAAAAUGUUAAAAUGCUAAAGAGUUCAAAUGAAAGGUGCAAAGCUGAUAGGAGUAUGAGGAGGAAGAGGAAAAGGAGAGGGACGGUGGCAAAGGGGCCUUGGGACUGUUGCUCUGAGUAGCUCUUGUUGGAGGGGAUCACCGACCCCUCUUGAAGCCCUGUCUUGCUGCCACCUCUGUGAUUUGAGAUGCAGCGUUUUUGCCUUUUGGAAUAGACUGUUCUUUUUGUUCUUAAAUCAGAAAAGAAAAAAAGAAGUGAGAGACUGAGUACCACAGAGAGCUUCAUACAAAGAAAGGGGAACGGAACUGCAGUGCUAAACUUAUUGUCGUCUAUUGUUGGGAGGGUGCCCUCAACCUCCUGACAUGAAUGGUGCCAAUGUAGUGUCUGGGAUUUAUGCUUUUCUUUCUUCAGAUGAGGUGAUCUCACUCUACUGAAUGUAGGGUCUGAUUUGUUUUUUCAACAAAGCAAACACAAACGUGCACAUGCGUAUAUAAUGUGUUGGUACAUAUACUUAGUAUGUGUCAUACACAUUUGUAUAUUUGUAUACAUUUUCACUUCACAAACCUAUACACAUAUAUGAAAUAAAAAAGCUCUUUUGUCCCAAAUAUAAAUAAUUCAAAGACAGUAUGGCCUGGGCGAAUUCUAGAUUGUAUUUUGAAGAAGACAACAGACCAACAGACAGAAUUGAAAUUUGUAAUUUUCAGUUGUUUCUUUUUUCCUCUUUUUUUAGGAUUCUUUUUUUUCUAUGUUGGUAAUGACCUAAUGCAUUUUGCACAGUGGUGAAGCCUUUCACUUCUUGGCACUUAAAACUGGUACUCCACACAGAGAUAAAGAGACAUUCAGAGGGGCAGCCAGUCCUAGGCUGUGACGUGCCCAUGCAGCUGGCCUGGUGCAUGGGUCUGAACUGGUGGAGGGGGGAUGCACUUACUUAAAGCUUAUUGUUCCUUUGCCGCAUACAAAAGAUGGGACCUUUUCUGUCACAGCAACAACAAGCCCCACUUCCUUAAGAGAGAGUGUUUGUUUUGUGCAGGGUUGGAUCACCCUCAGGCCUUUAUAACUAUGAUUAUUACAAUUACAGUAUACAACAAUUAAUUAUAAGAAUCAAAAAACAAAAUUAUUAUUUGUUGUAUAUGAGCAUGCUAUGCUCUCUAGUAUUGGGGCAUAAACAGGUUGGGAGAUUUGACUCAUGGCAGAUGGAAACUGAAUGCUAGGAACUGUUUUUUUAACUGCUUUAGCUGCUGCUGUUCUGCUGACCAAUUACGUCUACUGGACAGGGCAGCAUAGAGUGUGUAGCAAGAGGGGUUUCUGAAGACAGAAACAUGCAAAUGGUCAGUUUGGGAGUUGGCAGGGUUGCUUUAAGCAGGCCUUACAUAACCUUUUUAAUUCUCUCUAAUGCUGACUGUUCAAUACUCUUUGUAUCUCACUUCAGAAAAAACACAUUGUUGAAAAGGUUUGUUCAUAAGAGAAAAAAAUCAACUUGUAGUAAUAAUGAGUGACUAAUGGUCUUUAACGGGUCAGUCGAGGUUGUAUUUGUUACUCUGCAAUAUAUCAAGAAACUUUUGCAGUGUUUUUUUUUCUUUCUUUUUUUUAAAAUAAUAAUGGCCUCGGGUUUUUAAAUUCCUCUCCUUUUGUACUAGAAUUCCAAGAAAUACAUCGUAAAUUGCUUUGACACUAAGGUGUCUUUUCACCUGGGUUGUUCAAAGUACAGGGCUUGGCAUCACAUUCAUGUGCCCAAGAACUGGGUAGCUACACAACAUGUAGACUUAGCUGUACGCUUUACAGAAAUUUUUGUUCUGUCAUAUAAGACAAUGCCAUCGUUUAAUUGAGUUUUAAUACAACUCCAGUAUGUGCUCUAUGCUAUUCCUGUGGCCUUUCUAUAUAUGUAUAUAUAUAGUCUAUAUAUACAGUAUAUAUACACACAUACACACACAUACACACACAUAUAUACACACACAUACAUGCAUACAUACAUGAAUAUGUAUUUUGAGCAGAUAUGCAAAGAGUCAUCUCCUAAAUAUAGCAUCAAAAAUAGUGACUGUAGCCCACGUGGGAAAUGGUAGGUGUUAAGACUGCACCCCGUCACAAUAAGGAAAUGUUGACAAGAAAUACUUACUCGCACCCUUGGAUUGAAGUGUAUUUCAGUACAGAGCUUUUUUAAUUUAAAAAAGUAAAUCUUUGAUUUCACGCUGCUUCUCGUGGAGGAAUGUUUGAGUGUCUGUAACAAUGAGAAAGAGAAACUAUUAAUGUUUUUCUUUAUUUGUAUAUUGCCAGAACACAGGAAUGAGGUUUUCUGUGAAAUUUCUUGUAGCUACAUCAUGGUUAGAGAGUGAUGUUGAGCGUGAGAGUAGUGCGAGAGAGAGAGAAAGAGAGCAAGGAAAGAGAACGAUACGUGAAUGACAAAAAAUGUUUAUCUUACCUCACUGAGGAAUUUUUCAGGGAUUUUUUGACAAUGCAUCUACAUCGUGUUACAGCUUCAAAUACAUGUCAAAUAGCUGUUUUAUAUGUGCUGUAUACAUUUUUUAAAGAUGCAAUCUAUAUAUGUGUAUAAAACGGCUUGGUAACCGGGCAGUUCAUUUUUCUGAUUUAUGAAGGAUAUAAAUUGACCCUAUGUAUUGUAUAGUAUAUGGAAACCAACACAACAAGACAUGUUUAUACUGCAAAUAAAUAAUGAAAUAUUUUUUGUUUAA